AUGAGAAUUUUCAUAGCUUUUGAUGGAUCUUUUGAAAUGUUUGACGUUUUAGCAGAUGAAACUGUGGAGGCUAUCAAGCUGAUGAUAAAGGAUUAUUUCCACAUUCCUCUCCCUGAAGACAAACAAGACAGAAGGUAUUUGGAACUCGUGUAUGCUGGAGCAGUGCUAAAAGAUAGCUGGAGUCUUACUGAUGUUGGAAUAUCAUUUUGUUCGACUCUCAAAUGUUUUGUUAAGGAGGAAGAUAAGCCAACUCUCUAUGUGUUCAAUGCCGUGACUAAAGAGACAAUGCCCAUAAUGGAGAGCAUGUCCCUCCUUGAUAAAAAAGUGUCUGAUUUGAGAACAUUGCUGACUUUGAGAUGUGGCUUCCCUGUGAGUGUCUUCUGUCUCCGCACCCCAAAAGGACUGGAGAUGUAUGACUGCAACACCCUCAGGAACUACCAGACCAAUAUCGGCACAACACUUCGCUUGGAUGUCUGGGAUGGAUGGAAGGAGUUUCUGAUGGGUUGUCUCCUAGGACGAAAAUUGGAAGUUCAACGCUAUUUAUCAAAUGAAGCACCAGUACUUAAGUAUCAGAAAAGGGUGGCCCUGUACAUUGCCGCCUUUUAUGGGCACAUUGAACUCACUGAAUGGGCCCUGAAGCAGGGUGUAUGGCCCAAUGAGGCAGUGGGUGUUCACCCCUAUCGAGUGUGGUGCCAUGAAGCCCUGCAUGCAGAUGUCUCUAAAUGCCCCAUUCAUGCAGCUGCAGAAGCUGGCCAACUGUUGAUUCUAAAGGCCUUUGUGCACUGCAGUGUGCUGUGUCUGGAAUGCAAAAAUGCAGCAGGACAAACUCCACUGACCAUUGCCUUCAAACACAAGCAUAAAGACUGUGUAUUAUAUUUGCUGGGCAAAAUGUGGUCCACAGUUUCAUUUUUGAAAAUCUCACUUCCCAUGAGGAUUUAUAUUAAAAUAAAACAAUGGGUCCUCAGGGCUCAAAGUCACAGCCUUCAUAAAAGGUGGCUUCGUGGAACAAGGGUCUUUGGGACAAAAGUUGGAGACACUGUGAUGGUGGAUGGUUACACCAAACCAAAAAUGACCUCCAAGAGCUGGCACAAGGCUGGGAACAAGGACUCCCAAUUCCCUGCGAACAAGCUGUCACCUCUCAGGGAGCAAACUACAAGCAGGAAACCUGUUUAUCCUCUGGCAACUCCAGAGCUAAACCAAAGAAGACAAACCCGCAAGUUUCCUCUGCUGGCAGAUGCAAAUCCAAUCUCUGAAUUCCAAAGACAGCAACAAAAUCAGAGAUUAGCUACUUCUGGGAAAAAAGAAAAUCUUGUAAAAAAUAUAUAUCUCCCCCAAGUCCCACUUCCCCUGGUGUCAAGAGUGGGCUAUUCACAUCCCUCGUUUUACUGUACAACACCUGGUGCUGACUUUUUACUCUGGUCCUCCUUCUCGGCUUUCUCAGAGCACGAUGGGAGGACUCCAAGGGAGAAUGCCAUCUACUGCUUGGCUGUGGCAAGGUAA